CGGCUGAAAAGCGCUCAGGAGAAGGAAGGAAGCAAGCAAGCGGUGUGGGGCAAAUCUGAGCACCUAAAUAACCCCAUCAUCCUCAGUCCAUGCCAUAGAAGAGCGGGAAAUCAAGUUAACCGAGAGCUACAGUGAACUCCUGUUUGUGUUUUUCAUUGCAGCGCAGGAGGAGAAGGAGACACACAGAUGGACAACCUAAGCCCCUCAGACGAGAAGCCCGUCCAGCGCUCUAAGUCUUUGAGCUUUAAGCCGCAGAGGGAGACCUGCUCGUCAUGUGAGAAGACGGUGUAUCCGAUGGAGAGACUGGUGGCCAACAACCUGAUCUUCCAUGCCAACUGCUUCUGCUGCAAGCACUGCAACACCAAGCUCAGUCUCGGCACGUACGCGGCGCUGCAGGGCGAGUUUUACUGCAAACCGCACUACCAGCAGCUGUUCAAGAGCAAAGGGAACUACGACGAGGGCUUCGGACGCAAGCAGCACAAAGAGCGCUGGGCCUCCAAAGACGCCGAGAGCAUCACCAAAUCGCCAUGACGACGUCUCCGUCCUUUCCUGAUCUCCAGCGCUUUCUCGCAUCUCACCGACUGGAUUUGAUUCUCUGUCUCAAAUCUGCCUGCGCACUCUCUUACACUCUCUCUCUCUCUCUCUCUCUCUCUCACACACACACUCGCACGCACAUCAGUACACACUCUCACACGCACAAAUCACGAUAAGGCGGGCAUCCCGCAUCUUUUCUAGAGCAUUUCUAACUCUUCAGCCCUUUCAGCCUUCAGUAAAUGAUAAUAUCUUUUAAUUAUUAUUAUUUUUAUUUACCCUCGCUGAUUUGUGACCAAAACCCCCGAAUCAAAAGGCGAGAUGUAAUUUUGUCUUUUUAUUUUCCUUCUUUUAUUUUAUUUUAUUCAUUUUAAAAUAAUUUCCAUCCUGUGUCAUUUCAUCAUUCUUUUGUCAGGUACACAUGUUCGAACAUACCAGGUCUUUUAGCCGAACCACUUACACAAGUCCAAAGUUUCAGGAGGUACACUCAGGUAACGAUUCUGAGGUGUGUGUGCGCGUAUGUGUGUGAGAUUCAUUCCUUCUACCUUUUGUCAAGCAUUAUGUCACGUUUAGUUUUGUCCGGAGAGGGUUAGGCAGCCACUUUGCCUUUUUUUUUCUAUUUUAUUUUUAUAUAUUCAUACACUCAGCAGGGUAUUAUAUGUGUGAAAGUACAGGGUAUACGGUACUGUAUGCAUCUCUGCUGAACCUCGCUCAAACGUUCCACACGCUCAUUUUCUUUGUCAUAUGCGCACACGUUCAAUAGUGAUAAUAAAGAUUUUCUGUUGGAGAAAAACAAAUAUCUCCAGGAGUCCUAAAGGGUGCUUUCACGUCUGUGGAACGGAUCGAAAUCUGUACUUUUGGUUUGUUUUCCUGGAAUAUCUGAGUGCUGAUGUGUUUAGGUAAAAACCUUAAUCUGUACAGCUAAAAUUUUAUCCGUUCAAUGGGCCGAGCGAUAUGAAGAUCACAGUGCACAUGCUCGUUACGUCCAUCGUCUUCGUCAGUCAAAUCUGAACUUUGUGGCUCAAGGCUUAUAGGCUAGCUUGUUUAGCAGUUCUUGGCCCCGUCCACCAUCGCUGUGUUUUUCACCUGCCAGAAGAAAAACAGAAGACGCACCAAGGUUGUGUUCAGUCAGACUAAACUAAAGCGGGUACUACCGUGAAAGAACUCUUAGAGACCUCUCCAUUUAUCACCUUGUUUAUUUACUAUAGCACUUGAUAACUCCUGCUCUGACACUUAUAGCUUCGGGGUUAUAAACCCGCGCUGCGUUGUACUUCCAUCAUCACGUUUCUUUACCUUACGACUGAAUCCCAUCAUGUUCUUGAGCCUGCAAUGUUUUCAUUGCUUUUAGAAGUUCUCCUUUGUUUUAUUUAUGAGAGCACCUGACCAUCCAGGAUUUUAAGGGUUUCCAUUGUUAAUGUUCCAGCUCCUGCGCAGUCAUUGAUCAGUACUGAUGACUAUGACUGUAUUUCUUUACACGGUGAAUGUACUGUAGUUUGCAGAAAAGCCGCUAAACGCCGAGGUUUGUGUUACGGACCCAGUGAACUUGCGAGUUAAGCGUCAUCGCAGCUCGUCGCAUCACUACUUUCCCCUCUCCGUCGCCACUUCCUGUCGUUGCACAUUGUUCUGUCGGCUUCCUGUGAGCUGCUCUGUGGCUUCGACAGGAUUCACCCUGGUCUUCUGUAGCACAAAGCUAGUGACUGCUCGGUGUCGCCCAGGAUUGUGCACAGGUUUCAGUGAUCAGACUGUUUUGCCACCCCCCCCCCCUUUUUUUUUGUAGUUUCCAUGGUGUAACAAGGGUCACGUCAGCUCCACCUUCUUCCGCUCAGGAGGCUUUGACCUUUAGUGUAUAGAAACCGUAAUGGUGUUUAGUCAGUUAAAACGACAUCCUUUUUUAUGAAUGUGGCUGAAAAGCUGAAAUAGAAAGGCUAAUGUCUGGUGUUUUUUUUUGCAGUCUGGUAAACACCUGAAAUAAAAAACUUGUAGUUAAUCUUGCCAUGUGACAUGUGUUUUACAAAACAAUUGAGUCACCAAUAACCGCUUUAAAGGGAAUUUACAACAUCUCCCACUACUAUCUUGAGCUCAUGGUCUUGGCAUUUGAAAGGAAUGACCUUAAGGAAAUUUGCAACUUUGCCCAUUACCAUUUUUUGUUUAGGGCCUUGUAGAGGGGAAUUUGCAAUAUGUCCCAGUACUAUCUCAAGUUCAGGGUCUUCCCAUUUUUAAUGGGGAUUCCAACAACAAUCUUGUGUUCAGAGCUCUGUCAUUUUGAGUUUCAUUUAAGAUAUAUCCCAGUACUAUUAAUUUAUAGAGCGUUAACGUGGACAAAAUUAACAGUAUCUCCUAGGGGUAUGUUUUAUUCAGGUUUUAAACUUUGUAAAUCAUUUGCGACAUCUACAAGUAUGAUCUUGUUUUUUUUUCUUUCUCCCCCAGUACCAUCUUGUGUUGAGGGUUUUUUUGUGAUUGGUGGUAAUUUGCAACAUCGUCCAGUACUUUAUUCUAUUCAGGGCCUUCCAGAGGCACGUAAAGGGAAUUUACACUCCCGGUACUAUCUUGUGUUUAUAACUCUGGUGGUUAGAGGGAAUUUGCAACAUCUGUUGGUACGGUCUUAUUUUUCCCUAACAGCGAAAAUUAACAAUCUUGUGUUCAGGUGUUUGUUAUUCGGCAGUAAUUUGCAACAUCGCCAAGGUACCAUCUUUUCUUUGGGUCCUUGUAGAGGCAUGUAAAAGGAAUUUGCAGCAUUUCCAGUACUUUCCCAUAUUUCACCCCUCCCUGCAUCAUCCCAGUCCAGGUCCCUAGCAUCAUAGUAGCGCUGACAGAAAGCUCCAUCUGGUGGUGGAAGAGCAAAUGGCAAAUCAGCUACAACAAAAGAACAGCAAGAAAAUUAGCAUUUUCUAUUAUUAUUUUUUUCUCAUUUUUUCAAUAUAAUUUCAGUUUCUCAUGUGUUUUGGCUUAUCAUCGGCUUUGAUGUUUUGUAGUUGAUCCAGUUGUUAAAUCAGCUUUUUUUUCAUUGUUAAUCUUGGGAAGUAAUCAUAAAGCCAUGGAGAGGUCGAGUUGAUGCCUCUUACCAAGGAAUUCCACAGAAACCCCUUUUUCUUGUUGCACAUGUUUAAGAUUACUGUGAAACUGAAGGCGCUGUGAGUUUUAAAACGUAUCAAAAAGACAAAAUAAUAUUUUCUUAAGUGUUAGGAUAAGAAUAAAAAUAAUAAAACGUAUCCAUUUCAGAUCUUUACCCAAAGCUUCCUUCUUUGAGUGUUCAGAUUUCUAUCUGUAUUUUUUUUUAACUCUAAUGUUUAUUUCUUUUGUAGAGUUCAUAUUUUCACAGGGCUAUAAGGCACAAAACCACACCAUAUCAAAGUGUCUGUAUCACAGUGUCCAGUUUACCUCUUUCUGUUUUCAGUGACUUAUGGGAUUGGGGAGGGGGUAGGGUACAAACAUUGUUGUCUUUCUUGCCUGAUUGUAGCUUGUCGUGUCUGUGGUUGUUACUUUAGAUGUAUGCCUUAUUUAAUGUAGUACUUAAAAGUCUAGAUGAUGGUCAGCAUGUGGUUUCUGUGUGAGUGGAGAUUUGCGUGGAUUAAAAAUGGAGUAUUCUGUGUCUUAACUUCAGAAUGGAGGACUGAACAUGGUGGCCUUAAAAUGGCAGAAAGUUAUUAUUACACUUUUUUUUUGUCUUUUCCCUACUUUUGCAUUUAUGUUUAUUCCCCAAAUUUCUGUUCGGGUCUUGAUUCAUUUUCUUUGCCUACUUUACAGCACACACACCUGAAUUCUUGAAAACUUUUAAUUUUUUAAAGCAUUUUAAAAUGUUGAUUAAAAACUGUGAGGUCUUACUGCACCCCUCCCCGUCUCAAUCGUGUUGUGCUCCCUCUCUUUCUCUUUUUUUAAUUUCUCAUUUUUGUACAUGCUUUUAAAGAAAAUAAUAAUUAAAACAAACAUUCUGAUGUUGA